AUGCCUCUCGAAAUCCUAUACUACCCUAUCUCGUCAGGGUUUCCCGUCCCUGGGCUGAGCUGUCUCUUGCGGCUGGCUUCUUUCGUCUUCCCCGGCAGUGGCUUUAUUCCACGCGCCUCUCGCGCCUCCGAUUCCGUCGCCGCUUUCUUGCUUUUUUGUCGGCAACCAACCGCAUCCUUCUUGGCCAUUUUCCCUGCGCAUGUCUCACCAGUCCCCCAAAGUGGAAGAGGGUCCAUUUGGUUGGCCGACAGGCACACCAAGACGGCCUCAACUGGGCCUCUUUCGAUCGCAUUCGAGUUCGAGAACGGGGUAGCUGUGCGCUGCGUUGCGUUGUGGGCUCUCCUCUUCCCUAUGGUCGGUCUCCGAUAUGCAAUCGACAGAGCAUCCAUCCCUGUCUCCCGCCCGUCCUGCACACAUGCUUCGCUGCAGCACGGAGCGGUUCUCUGCGGAAUGGGAGAGCAGCGUGCAGAUGCACAAGUAGAUGCAGUGCGAUUCAAGGCUCUCCCUGAAGGUUGCGUCCGCUGGCCAAUCCGGUGGAUCGACAUGGAGCGCCUGACUCUGGGUCGCUGCCACUUGCAGGACGUCAUUGUCGUGGUGUUGGCCGAAAGCAUGAUACUCCCUGCUUGCGUGUAUUCGAUUCGGCGCCACGAGGAAGGUGUGCUUGAAUUGGGAUGCGCCGGCCCCUCCUUCCCUUCCCCACCAACUAGGUUCGGCGAGUGUUCCGUCAGCAGGCGCCGCUUCUCGUCGUUCCUUCCCAUCUCCAUCUCAAAGGCCGGCAUGCCCGCGACAAAGUGGCAGUUCAUCGCCCUCAUUGGCCGCAGCACACUCAGGCCCAGUCCUAUGCCAACUCUGGCAGGAAACCACUGGAUUCCCUUCACGCCAAUCAUGGACCAAAACCGGCAUCCGAGCCAGCACAGGGCACGGGUUCGUCACAUCGUUCCGCUGUCAGAGAGCCGCAGCAAAAGGCAGCGCCGCAUCUCAGCAAAGAAUGUCGAUGUAUCCGUGGUGGGGCUGAAUCAGCAAAAAUCCCAAGAUGCUUCACAACUUGCGCUCGAUAACGAUAACGACAAUGACAACAAUGAUGAGGUCAGGUCGAAUAUGAGUCGGAUUGGACGGGUCGACGGAUUGGAUUUCACUUUACUGGGUCGCUGCGUUCGUCCACCGCCUCUUUAUACCUACUGCCCACCUUGGCCACUUCAUCCGGCUUCAGCGACGUCUUUGCUGCACAAUGAGCUGGCAUCCUCCCACUGGAAGGCCCCACCCAUGUACAACGCGUCCAUUCGAGCAUGCCCGAAGCUGGGUACGGUCACUACAUGCUGGCUCUUCCAUGCAACGGCAUCGCUGCCACACAGUGAGGUCUGCAUCACAUCGCUGGGUUUCCUCAUAAUCGGUACGCUAGCAACUCGUCGGGCUGCGCAGGUUGUACUCGACUAG